GGGGUAGUGUGUUAGGGGAGGAAAGAAAUAAGUUUGCUUAACCUGAACAAAAUAUAUAUAUAUACUUACACAUUUAAAACAUUUAUGUAUUUAAUACUAUCCGUAGUUUGCGAUCGGUUCUUUAAGUAACCUUUUUUUUUUUAUUUAUAAGAUUUUAUAUUUUGUUUUCAACUUUAAAAACAACUUCAUAAGUGGUCUUAAAGAUGAUUGACGCUGUUGUAUCAGGAUCUGAAGCCUUGCCCUUCCCUAUACAACUGAAGGCCCUGUUGGAUCAAGAGGCAAAAUAUCAGCCCAAACUGUGUGGAUUGAGGUUAAUUGAAUCGGCCAACGAUAAUGGCCUGAGAAUGACGGCCAGGCUGAGAGAUUUUGAAAUCAAAGAUCUGUUAUCUUUAACUCGGUUCUUCGGCUUUAGUGCAGAGACAUUCUGUCUUGCUGUGAACCUGCUGGAUAGGUUCUUGGCUCAAAUGAAGGUGCAACCAAAACAUCUAUCCUGCGUUGGGCUGUGCUGUUUUUACUUGGCUGUGAAAUCUGUGGAGGAGGAGAGGAAUGUCCCGCUUGCCAAUGAUUUAAUCCGAAUCAGCCAGCGCAGAUUCACAGUUGCAGACAUGAUGAGAAUGGAGAAGAUCAUAAUAGAAAAACUCUACUGGAAAAUAAAAUCUACUACUGCCUUGCAAUUGUUGCGGCUGUAUCACUCGCACAUCACUGAGCAAUCUGUCUCUGAAAGUAAGAAGCAGCUGAACAUUGAACGGCUUGAAGCUCAGCUAAAAGCAUGCCUCUGCUGCUUUGCCUUCUCAAAGGCAAAGCCCUCUUUGCUAGCUCUGGCUAUACUGGCUCUGGAGAUCCAAGAGCAGAAGCUUCAUGAAUUGGCAGAUUUGUUGCAGAGUCUCCAGCAGCAGUCCAAUAUUUCAUGCAGAGAGCUGUUCUACUGGAGAGAGCUGGUUGCUAAAUGCCUUGCUGAAUACUCUUCACCCAAGUGUGCCAAGCCAAGCAAUCAGAAACUGAGGUGGAUCGUAUCGGGGAGGACUGCUCGGCAGCUGAAGCACAGUUAUUACAGGAUAGCGCACCUUCCAACGAUUCCAGAGACUGCGUAAUCAAGAGAAAAGGUGCUGAUGUGGUGGUACUUGAUGCCUGAAGGAUUCAUUUGUUAAAA